AUGGCAGACUUCAACCCCUCGCGCCAUGUAGGAAACCGCGACUACACCCGGUCGACGGUGGUGAUUAUUGGAGCUGGCCUUUCCGGCCUCUGCAUGGCGAUCGACCUCCUGCGCCGGACGUCGUGUCGCAACUUUGUCAUCCUGGAGAAGGGCAGCCAGGUCGGCGGCACCUGGCACGACAACAAAUACCCGGGCUGUGCGUGUGACGUCUGGAGCACGUUGUACAGCUACUCGUUCGAGCAGAAGAGCGACUGGACGCGCGAGUAUCCGGGGCAGGAAGAGAUCCUGGGCUAUGUGAUCCGCGUCGCCGAAAAGUACGGCCUGUUCAAGCAUAUCCGCUUCAACUCGACGGUGCAGGCGGCGCGCUGGGACGAGACCCACCUGCGCUGGGAUGUCCAGGUGGGCGUUACCGGCGCCAAAGACCGUGAGUUCAUCGAGUCGUACACGCUCACCACCGAGUUUCUGGUCUCGGCGGUCGGCCAGCUCAACGUGCCGCGCUGGCCCUCGAUCCCCGGGUUGGAUGAGUUCACGGGCAAACUGAUGCACUCGGCGCGAUGGGACUGGAGCUACGACUUUGCGGGCAAGCGUGUGGCCAUCAUCGGGAAUGGCGCAACGGCGGUGCAAAUCGUCCCGGAGGUGGCCAAGACAGCGGCGCAUCUGUCCGUGUACCAGCGCACGCCGAACUGGGUGAUUCCGCGGCUGGACAUGGCGGUGUCACCGGUGCAGCAGUUCGUGCUGGAGUGGGUGCCGCCGGUGCGGUGGUGCAAGCGGGCGCUGAUGAUGCGGUUCCGCGAGGCGACGCACGCGGCCAUCACGAACAGCGAGUCGAAGCUGUCGCAAGAGAUGCGUCGGUUUGCAGUGGAGGGGAUGAAGAAGCAACUACGCGACAAGCCGGAGCUGUGGGACCAGGUGAUUCCGGACUAUGCGGUGGGAUGCAAACGCAUCAUCAUCUCGGACGACUACUUCCCCACGCUCAACCAGCCGCACGUGGAGUUGAACACCCGGGCGAUUGAGCGGGUGACGGCGGAGGGCAUCCGGACCACUGACGGUGAGGAAGCGCCGUUUGACCUCAUCGUGCUGGCGACGGGCUUCCGCACGGUCGAAUUCAUGCAUCCCGUGCAAGUGUACGGGCGGAAUGGGCGGUCGGUGGCGGACGUGUGGAAGGACGGGGCCACGGCGUACUACGGCAUGACGGUGGAGGAUCUACCCAACUUUGGGAUGCUGUACGGGCCGAACACGAACCUGGGCCACAACUCGAUCAUCCUGAUGAUUGAGGCGCAGUCGCGGUACUUGAGCACGCUGAUCGAGGCGGUGGUGCAGGCUAAGAAGCGCGGGCAGACGCUGGCGUUGCGGCCGCAGCCGGGCGUCGUGCAGGCGUUCAACGAGCGCAUUCAGGGGCUGCUGGCGAAGAGCUCGUUCGCGGACGUGCACUGCCAGAGCUGGUACAAGCAGGCCAACGGGCGCAUCACGAACAACUGGCCCAGCACGGUGGUGCAGUACCAGCAAGAGGUCAGCCGGGUGGUGUGGCAGGAUUAUGUGGUGGAGGGGACGGGCAGUGCAGAGGUGACGGGGAAGAAAGCGACGGAGAUCGGGCGGGUUCGAGAGGAGACGCCGGUCAGCUAUACGACGCUGGUGUUGGGGGGGUUGAGUGUGGCGGUGGGAGUGUAUUGGAGAUGGCGGCGAUAG